AAUUCGUAUAUCCUUCGUUGAAUGAUGGUAAGUACGAUGUACUUCUUAUUUAUAUAUACCUAUAUAUAUUUCUAUGUAUUUAUUUAUCUUGUGACAUCAAUUCAACUCCAAAAGAUCCCGUGAUGUGACUGACUCAAAAAUUCUCCACAAAAAAGAUAAGAAUAAAAUAAAACAGUUACCGCGCUGUAUGUACGCGCAUAUUUAAAUAAUAAUUAAAGUAAUUAAUCAUAAAAAUGUAUUUGAAGUGGAUUUUAAUAAGUACAUUGUGCUGUUUAUUUAUUGUGAGAACUAAAGCAACUCAACGUAACGCCAUAUUGAUGUUGGCCGAUGAUGGAGGAUUUGAAAUGCGCUCAUAUAGAAACAAAAUUUGUCAAGCGCCAAAUUUAGAUAAAUUGGCUAAAGAAGGAUUAAUAUUUAAUAAUGCUUAUACUUCAGUUAGCAGCUGUUCUCCUAGUCGAUCAGCAAUAUUAACUGGUUUACCAAGUCAUCAAAAUGGUAUGUACGGUUUACAUCAAGGCGUACAUCAUUUUCAAUCAUUUGAUAAUAUCCAGAGUCUUCCGAAGUUAUUAAAAAAAAAUAAUGUGCUAACAGGAAUCAUCGGUAAAAAACACGUGGGACCAAGCCAAGUAUUUUCAUUUGAUUAUUCUGAAACUGAGGAAAAUAAUUCAAUACUCCAAGUCGGUCGUAAUAUUACAAAAAUAAAACUUCUAGUCCGCGAAUUUUUAUCAGAAAGCAAGAGAAAAAAUAAACCAUUUUUUCUAUAUGUAGCUUUUCAUGAUCCGCAUCGUUGCGGUCAUACUAAUCCAGAGUACGGUAAUUUCUGCGAGAAGUUCGGCAAUGGAGAUGAAGGAAUGGGUACAAUACCCGACUGGAAUCCGAUUUACUAUCAAUGGGAGCAAGUGCAUCUUCCUUACUUUGUCCAGGAUACAGAAGCUGCGAGACGUGAUAUCGCGGCUCAGUAUACGACUAUCUCGCGACUUGAUCAAGGUGUCGGAUUAGUGUUGAAAGAGCUUGAAGAUGCUGGAUUUAAAGAUAAUACUCUUGUUAUGUAUACGUCUGACAAUGGGAUACCUUUUCCUAAUGGACGGACAAAUUUAUAUGAUCCUGGCAUGGCUGAGCCAAUGAUUAUAUCAUCACCUUAUCACAAAGAUAGAAGGAAUCAAGUUACUUAUAGUAUGACAUCGUUACUUGAUAUUGCACCCACGAUAUUAGAUUGGUUUAAUGUCAGUUAUCAGGUAGAUCAAUCUAAUCAGACUCCCGAGGUCACAUUAACUGGUAAAUCGCUCUUGCCGCUUUUAAUUGAAGAACCUGAGGAAAAAGACGGAAUAGUAUUUGCAAGUCAAACUCAUCAUGAAGUAACAAUGUAUUAUCCAAUGCGUGUCGCCAGAACUAAACGAUACAAAUUGAUUCAUAAUUUAAAUUAUCGAAUGCCUUUUCCAAUUGAUCAAGACUUUUAUUUAUCUCCAACCUUCCAAGAUUUAUUGAAUCGAAGCCGAUCAAAUAUGCCAUUGAGGUGGACCAAAAACUUGAAGUCAUAUUACAACAGACCCGAAUGGGAGCUGUAUGACUUGAAAUAUGAUCCGGAAGAGUUAAACAACAUCAUAAAUAAACCAUCCAGCCAGACGAUUUUCAAAGAAUUGUCACAGAAAUUAUUCGAGUGGCAAAAAAAAACUAAUGACCCCUGGAUUUGUGCUCCUGGCGGAGUUCUAGAGCCUAUUGACGGUGAUAAAAAUAAUUUAGGAUGUAUGUCAACUGACUUUUAAAACCAAGUCUUUGUAAACUUGACAUAGACUGUAAUUUAAUCUCUACUUGAAUAUUUAAUGUGUGAUUAAAUUUAUCGAACAAGUUGUUAAAAAAAAAGACAUACAUUUGAUUAUAGU